CAUCAGUGUGUUUGAGUAAAGUACAGAAGAGUCCUUCUUCUGAGACCGACACUCCAGCAGAGCACAAGCAAGAUAGUGAGUUUUCGGCAGCAGCAUGGCAGAAGCUCACCAGGCGGUGGCCUUUCAGUUCACUGUUACUCCAGAUGGCAUUGACCUGCAACUGUGUCAUGAAGCCUUACGGCAGAUCUAUCUUUCUGCCUUACACUCCUGGAAAAAGAGGUUCAUUAGGUUCAAGAAUGGUAUUAUGACUGGAGUUUAUCCUGGAAGUCCUACUGGGCUCCUAGGUGUGGUUGGGGGUUAUUUGAUUUUCACAAAGUAUGCUAAUAUAGAUCCAAGUUUAGGAGUCGUCGCUAAACUGGCCCCUCAUUUGCCAGUCUGUAAAUACAUAACAGAGGACACCCAGCAAAUCGUUGGUGGAAUGCUGGUUGGGACAGGAGUUUGGACCGCCAUCAUCUUUUUUAUGAGGAACAUGCUGAAAUCUCUGCUGUCCUGGCAUGGCUGGAUGUACAAUCGCCAUGGGACCAUGUCCAUAAGAACCAAAAUUUGGCUAGCACUGGUGAAAUUGUUCUCUGGACCUAAGCCAAUGCUGUAUAGUUUCCAGAGCUCAUUGCCACGGCUACCGGUGCCCCCUGUGGAGCACACAGUGAAAAGAUACCUUGAAUCAGUGCGUCCUCUAAUGGAUGAUGAACAGUACAAACGUAUGGAAGCACUGGCAAAGGACUUUCAGAGCAACUUGGGGCCCAAACUCCAGUGGUACCUGAAGCUCAAGGCCUUUUGGGCCUCAAAUUAUGUCAGUGACUGGUGGGAGGAUUAUGUUUACCUGAGGGGACGUGGACCCAUCAUGGUCAACAGCAACUACUAUGCAAUGGACUUUCUGUACGUAUUCCCUACUCAUUUGCAAGUUGCCAGAGCAGGGAAUGCCAUCCACUCCAUCAUGCUUUACAGGAGGAAACUGGACCGUGCUCAGAUCAAACCUGUUUACUUGCUGGAGAACAGAGUGCCGUUGUGUUCGGCACAGUGGGAGCGGAUGUUUAACACGUCUCGCAUCCCAGGCCUGGAGACAGAUUUCAUCAAGCACGUGAACGAGAGCAAGCACAUUGUGGUUUACCACAAGGGACGCUUUUUCAAGGUGUGGAUGUUUUACGAUGGCCGUUUGCUGUUGCCCAGGGAGAUUGAGCAACAGAUGGAGAGGAUUCUGGCAGAUACCUCCAUGCCUCAGCCUGGAGAGGAGAGGCUGGCUGCACUUACCGCAGGAGACAGAGUCCCAUGGGCAAAGGCACGCACUGAGUUUUUCAGCACAGGGAAGAACAGGAAGUCUCUGGACACAGUGGAGAGAGCUGCAUUCUUUGUCACGCUGGACGACACAGAGCAGUGUUACGAGCCUGAUAACCCUGUGCAGUCCCUGGACAGCUAUGCUAAAUCUCUGCUUCAUGGAAAAUGCUACGACAGAUGGUUUGACAAGUCCUUUAACCUGAUCGUAUUUAAGAAUGGCACAAUGGGUCUGAAUGCUGAGCAUACCUGGGCUGAUGCCCCCAUUGUGGGCCACCUGUGGGAGCAUGUGUUGUCUAUGGAUCCUAUAACGCUUGGCUACACUGAAGAUGGCCAUUGCCGCGGCAAACCACAUCCCAGUCUCCCUGGACCCCUGCGCCUCCAGUGGGAUAUUCCAGAGGAGUGUCAGUCUGUGAUCAGCAGCUCUCUGAAAGUGGCUAAUGCCUUAGCAGAUGAUGUAGACAUGCACAUCUUCCCCUUCAAAAACUUUGGCAAAGGUUUAAUCAAGAAGUGUAAGACCAGCCCAGACGGCUUUAUUCAGAUCGCACUCCAGCUCGCUCACUUCCGGGAUAAGAAAAAGUUCUGCCUGACAUAUGAGGCCUCUAUGACGCGACUGUUCCGUGAAGGCCGCACUGAAACCGUUCGCUCCUGCACCAUGCAGACUUGUGAUUUUGUUCGUACCAUGAUGGAUGAAAAACAGACGAGAGAGGAGAAGUUGCGACUACUGAAGCUGGCAGCAGAAAAGCACCAGGAACUCUAUAGAAUGGCCAUGACUGGCAAAGGCAUCGAUCGCCAUAUUUUCUGCCUCUAUGUGGUGUCCAAGUACCUGGGAGAUGACUCAGCCUUCCUCAAAGAGGUGCUGUCUGAGCCCUGGAGACUGUCCACUAGUCAAACUCCACUACAGCAGAUCGAGCUCUUUGAUUUGAAGAAGCACCCAGAGUAUGUCACCAGUGGAGGUGGCUUUGGCCCGGUGGCAGAUGAUGGUUAUGGUGUAUCGUAUAUCAUUCUUGGAGAAGACCUCAUCAACUUUCACAUAUCUAGCAAGCAUUCCAGUCUAGAGACUGACUCUCACCGCUUUGGCAGCCACAUAAAGCAGGCCAUGCUCGACAUCCUUGCUCUCUUCGAUUUGGACAAGAAGACUGUCAAGUGAACUGUACUUCUGUCUCCGUGCAUAAAAGUUUCAGUGAAAUGCUUUGUUUGCUAGAAGAUUGUAAUUGUAUUGUUAGUUUGUAAUUUAUGAUUGAUUAACCAAAAAAAGAGAAUGAUAAAUAUCAUAAAUAAUGCUAAAGAGGAAGUUUAUUCAUGUUGUUUUAGGUUUUAAGUUUGUACAUUGAAAGGGACUUUGUACAUUGAAAGGGACAAUGGAGUGCUGCAUCUUUUUGUCCUCUAUUCAACAUUCUGAAUUUCUCAGAUUGCAGAGCCCACAUCUCUUAUUUUAUAUCAAACUUGAAUAGCAGUUGCAACUCCAAAACCUUGGGGGGAAACUAACCACUGCAUUUAUGUGCUGUGUCAAUGCAAAGCAAAUUCAAUGCAAUGUUUUUUUUUUUAAGCAUUCAUUCUACUUGCACUUCUGAACUUGGGUGUUCAUGUGGUAAUGGCUAGGUGCAGGACAGCCACUAGGGGGUAGCAUUAGAGAACUUAUGCUAUGAGCAUUUACUUGAAUUAAAUUAUUUUAAAUAUAUUUAACUGGCAUGAGUUUUCUUAUGGAAGUAAUUUUUUUUUUUCAGUUCCACCGGUUUCAAAUUUUUUCAAGAAUUCUAAAUGGCUCUAGAUUUCUAUAUGUGUUCAAUCCAAUUCCUGUGAGUCGAAUUCAUAGGCAAUAAAGUGUUUCUGAUACCGAAUUUUAAAUAGUGACUGUAAUCUACAUCAAGUAGCAUUAUGUUGCUCUGAAUACUAACAGUAAACAUAUAUCUGCUUUGUCAGCCGUUAAAAAACGUCUCCAGGUGUUCUCGUGAGGUUACUGCAGCUCUAUUUAGACAAAAGUCUACGAACAACAGAUAAAAGAAAUAUAUGUUGUUCAGUCAGAAACCAUAUGAUAUUUUAUCUAUUUAGUCUUUUCUCCAUUAAACGGUUAUACCCUAGAGUCUCUUCUGAUUUGCAUUGCUUGAUUAGUUGGAUUGGAAAUUGUGACACUGAAACGUUGUAUGUUGUAACUGAUGUAUUUAUAAGAUAUUCUCUACAGAAGCAGCUGUUAUCCAAGAAUAAUACAAAAUGUCACUGUUAAAUAAAGAACCUUCCAAUAUUUUAGAACAACACA